UCUACCGUGGUAUUACAUCUCAGUAUUACUCGAUUUUUUAUUCCUGCCUAAGACAUUUAUCACUUAUAGUAGGCUUCGAUGUGGCAAAAUUUCGACAGUUUGACAAAUCCUGAAAACAAAUUUCCCGUUUAGCGUUCAUAUGAUUACUAAAACCCUUUGAGAUUUGAAAUGCCUUCCGAAGCGAAAAGAGCAGAAUUGUACUUGCUACUGCUACAAUCAAUUACUGCUCUGGUAAUGGCGCUAAUCAACGCAACCCCAUCCUGUAGGUACGAUGUGCAGUUGACCAUCAAGAAACGGUUGUUCCAGUUGGUUAAAACGUUGUGGAGUUACCUGAAAGAUGAAGCAGCCGAACUAGAGACCUUGGUGGAUUCUGAUGCCAACAGUAGGGCGUUGGAAUCCAGCCGAGGCUUCAAUGAAUUGAUUUCCGAACAUCACGCUGAUAGCAGGGCGUUGGACAGCAGCCGCGGCUUCACUAAUUUAAGCUUAGAAUAUGAGAAGUCUCCGAAUGUCGAGCACUUCCACCACGCUUCAUUGAAUUCGACGUUAGCCAGCGGAGCAGCUGAUCCUAUGCAUGGUUCUCGCUUUCCGCUGAUACAUCGCCUGCUCACGGUGCUGGCGCGAACUCCGAAUGACGAAAUAUUCACCCAGACGGUGCAACCAUUCCUCCACGAGCCGGACUUCCAUCAGCACUUGCAGGACGAAAUGGCGGUUUUCCGAAGAAUGCUCGCCGGUGAAGAGCCCUCGCUGUAUCAAGCCGAAAAAGUGCUGGUGAAACGAUUGAAUCGAAUGGAAAUAGCCAUGCAACGCAUAAUGGAGCAGUUGGAAGCGUUGGCGGAAUCCGGUUGAGGCAGACGAUUUUGAAGCGUUUGCAUCUGUUGGGUGAUGCUAGCGGUGCGGUGCGGUGGUGAAGGUAAAUUCCUUGUUCGAAUCGUUUGUGUCUUGGAUGCUGCGGUUGGUGUCAAGAAUGUGCUAGUUUAUAUCAUUCUCCGACUGACGACGCUGGUGGCAUGAGAAAGGCGCAUGCGUUCACAUCCAAAUCUGACCCGAAUACGAAGAGACACAAAAUCAUAAUUGAAAUACAUAUUUGAAUAUAUCUGUGCAUUGAGUCGUGUUAGUCGUACAAAAAAGUGCAAAAGGCUAUACUGCCGCUGCAAGCAUAACUGACCCAUAUUUGCCUAUGCUUUUAUGGGCAGCUAUGCUUGUAUGGGCAGUGAUAAAUUCUUAAACAAA